AGUGACAUUGACGCAAGAUUGUUUGUAAUGCUUUCUCGAAAUUAUUCAUCUGUUUUGUUUUCUUAUUUUUCAUAAAAACUACAAAUAACUUUACAGAAUGGUGAAAAUCGCUCUCCAGAUAAAAGCUAAUUUAGAAUGCAUUGAGAAAUUGUACACGAACCAUCCCCACUACCAAUGGUUUUUAAAACUCAAGUGUUCCAGUUGCGGCGAAGUUUCUGAUAAGUUUCACGACCUCACGGAAGCCGAUAAAGUCCCACAUAAACACAAUAGGUCCGAGACUAACUUGCUGAUUAAAUGCAAGCUGUGCUCGAGGGAAAAUAGCAUGGAUGUCAUUGAAGGCAGCAAUGGUGCAUACACAAAUAAUGACGUGAAUAAAUUCAAAACACUUGUCAUCUUCGACUGCCGAGGAGUGGAGCCUGUUGAUUUUGAACCCAAGUCUGGGUGGAUAGCAGAGGCUGAGGAUAAUGGCAAGAAGUUCGAGGAUGUUGAUCUGACGGAGAAAGAGUGGGUGGAUUACGACGAGAAGAACCAGACAUCCGUCGGCGUUUACGAACUCGAGUGGCAGUUCGUUAAAGUCAAGUAAACUAUGUACAUUUACAUUUAUUUUAUGUUAACUAAAUUAAUAUUUUUAUUUAAAUAAAUUUUACACG